UUCUAUCAGUAUUUAUAUUCUAUGGAUGGAGGAGUCUAAAGAAUUUUCUGAUUCCUCUCCUACAAUUCAAAAUAAAAAAAACAAAAACCAACAGCAACUUCCAACAAAUAUCCCAGUAAUUGCUGAAUCAGUUGUAGACGAAGAAGAAAUUAUUGGAAGGCCAAAUACAAAAAUAAAUUCAAUUAAUGGAAUACCUAUUGCUCAAAGAGCGGAAGAUAACGAAGAAGAAGAUGAUGAGGAUUACGUUUCGGGUAUUUCUUUGGGAGAACAAAACCAAAACUCAGAUCCUUUCAUAAAUUCAACAGCAGAAGCUCCAUUUUUUAAAGAAUUCCUGGACAAAGCCAAAGACGAUUUUAAACAGAAAUGGGACAAUCCAGCAUCGAAUACAGCCUGUUUGGAUGACUUUGAUAGAAUCAAAACAUUAGGAACAGGGUCAUUUGGUCGAGUAAUGUUGGUAAAACAUAAACAAAGUGGAACAUAUUUUGCUAUGAAAAUACUUGAUAAACAAAAAGUUGUUAAACUAAAACAAGUAGAACAUACAUUAAAUGAAAAACGAAUACUUCAAGCAAUUGAUUUCCCUUUUCUCGUCAAUAUGCAAUAUUCUUUUAAAGAUAAUUCAAAUUUAUAUAUGGUGCUUGAAUUUGUAAGUGGUGGAGAAAUGUUUUCACAUUUACGUAGAAUUGGACGUUUCUCGGAGCCUCAUUCACGUUUUUAUGCAGCCCAAAUUGUUUUAGCUUUUGAAUAUUUACAUUCUUUGGAUUUGAUAUAUAGAGAUUUAAAACCAGAAAAUUUGUUAAUAGACAAUAAUGGAUAUUUGAAGAUUACAGACUUUGGUUUUGCUAAACGGGUUAAAGGAAGAACUUGGACAUUAUGUGGUACUCCAGAAUAUUUAGCACCAGAAAUUAUUCUUUCUAAAGGUUAUAAUAAAGCUGUUGAUUGGUGGGCAUUAGGUGUUUUAAUUUAUGAAAUGGCUGCUGGUUAUCCACCAUUUUUUGCUGAUCAACCAAUUCAAAUUUAUGAAAAAAUUGUUUCUGGAAAAGUUAAAUUUCCCUCACAUUUCUCAAAUGAAUUAAAAGAUUUAUUAAAAAAUUUACUUCAAGUAGACCUUAUAAAACGUUUUGGAAAUUUAAAAAAUGGUGUUGCUGAUAUUAAAAAUCAUAAAUGGUUUGGAUCUGUUGAUUGGAUUUCUAUAUACCAAAGAAAAAUUGAAGCUCCCUUCCUGCCUAAGUGUCGUGGCCCAGGCGAUUCGAGCAAUUUUGAUGAUUAUGAAGAAGAGCCAUUACGCAUCUCUGGUACUGAAAAAUGUGCAAAAGAGUUCGCCGAAUUCUAG